AUGGGAACAAAUACAAUCAAUAAGAGCGAAAUCGGUGAACCGUUUGCAGAAAAGAAUGUCCUCUUUGAUAGUACGUCGGCUGACCAACCUACUAGCAAUCAAGAUUUGGAGAAUGAAAGCAGAUCUGAACCGGAAAUUUAUUUAUUAAUAUCUCGUGGAGGUAGAAAGCAUGAUCCUCACGGAGGACAAAGGAUUAGAUUAUUUGGACCGUUUGGUCCUCGUGGUCCUAAAGGUUUCGAGUUGAGAGAAAAGAUGUGCACCGUGGUCCUCCUCAUUCUCGAGAAUUUAGGCAUGGGCCACAUUUCGUGCAUAAUCCUAGAAGAGAAUUUAUUGACGAACGCGGUCAUGGCCCUCAAUUUCAUCGCGAACCAAGACACCAUGGAAAACCUAGUCGUCGUCCUCAUGGUUUUAACCCCCGUGAAUAUGGAAAUGGACCCAGAGGUGGUCCCCGUAGCGGAUUUAAAAUUGAAGAAAACACUUGUUAUCCUCCUCGGGAACACGGACAUAGGCCCCGAGGUGGUCCUCGCAAUGGACGUGAAACAAUUUCAUCGCAGGAAACCUGGAAAUCGCGAACGUAAUCCCCGCGAGGAUUUUCAGUCUCGAAGGAAUGGCGGGAGAUUGGAAGUAGAUUCGAAAGGGAAUUGGGAUAUUAUUCCGACCAUUCCGAACAUCAUAAACAUGAAUUUGGUCUCCGUAAUGGUCGUAGAUUUGAACAUAGUAGUCACGGAUCCGAAUCGGAUUACGAAUCGGGUUCAAGUUCUAGACGUUUUCAUGCUGGUCGUAGAUUUAAACAUAGUAUGCACGAAUCCGAAUCAGAGUUCGGACAAGACUAUUCAAGCGAAAGUUUCGAUGAUGGCCGCAGAUCUAAACAUGGCAGGCACAGACUUAAUUUGCAACACUUGA